GGCCAUGGGGGAUUUUGUCUCUAGUUCUUCAGAGUUGCUCGAGUUCUCAGCAUCUGAUGAUCUUUCUGCCUUUAUGGUUGCUGUAGAAAGGGAGGGACAUGGUAUUGAUGAGUUGGCUGUGUGGUAUGGUCGAAGAAUUGGUUCAAAGGAGAUGGGGCUUGAGGAGAGGACACCUCUCAUGAUCGCUUCUAUGUUUGGCAGCAAAAGGGUUGUCAAUUACAUCCUGGAAAAAGGUGGGAUUGAUGUCAACAAAACUUGUGGUUCUGAUGGUGCUACUGCCCUCCAUUGCACUGUUGCGGGUGGUUUUGCUGCUUCACUUGAGAUUGUCAGGCUACUGCCCUCCCUUCCUGACAUAAAGAAUGGUAUAUACGGGACGGAUGAGUUUAGGAUGUAUACAUUUAAGAUCAAGCCUUGCUCGAGGGCCUACUCGCAUGACUGGACUGAAUGUCCCUUUGUUCACCCUGAUGAAAAUGCUAGGCGGCGUGAUCCAAGAAAGUAUCAUUACAGCUAUGUUCCUUGCCCUGAUUUUCACAAGGGUACAUGCCAGAGGGGAGACGCAUGUGAAUAUGCACAUGGAAUUUUUGAGUGCUGGCUUCACCCUGCCCAAUAUCGUACUCGUCUGUGCAAGGACGAGACUAAUUGUACAAGAAGGGUAUGUUUCUUUGCCCACAAACCUGAAGAGUUACGGCCCCUGUAUGCUUCCACUGGUUCAGCAGUGCCUUCCCCUAGAUCAUUCUCUUCCAGUGCUUCGACGUUUGAUAUUGCAUCAAUCAGCCCACUCGCCCUUAGUUCUCCUUCUAUCAUGAUGCCUCCACCCUCAACACCGCCGAUGACUCCUUCUGGAGCCUCUUCCCCUAUUGGUGGAUCUAUGUGGCCAAACCAGCCCACCCUUGCACCUCCAAACCUGCAGUUGCCUGGCAGCAGGUUGAAAGCUGCCAUAAAUGCUAGAGAUAUUGAUUUAGAUGCUGAACUACUUGGUCUAGAUGGUAAUCGUCAGUGGCGCCAGCAGUUGUUGGAUGACUUGUCUAGCCUUUCAAUAUUAUCAUACUCGGAUCCCCAAUCCCCAUCCCCAUCCCCUCCUCACCCUCCUCUUCCUCUUUAG